AUGGCCACCGACAAAGAAGCACGCCCAGCACAACCAAGCCUCUUCUUCCAAUCUCACAACGAAAAGGGGACAGAAACAAUCCUCCUCAUCCACGGCGCAUGCGGUAGCAGCAAAGAAUGGGACGAUGUAAUCCCCCACCUAACCGAUCAAAACUACCACGUCCUCGCCCCAGACUUACCGAUGCACGGCCAAUCCGUCUCAAUCAAGCCCUUCAACCUCGACACAGCCACCGCCAGCAUCUUACAUAUCAUAUCCGCACACGCAAAAAAUGGCACCGCGCAUCUAGUGGGUCUCAGUCUAGGCGCUCACAUCGGUGCAUGUAUCGCCGAGCGCGCGGUGCCGGGCCAAAUAUCCUCAGCGAUAUUGUCGGGGUAUAAUACUCUUGCGCCGCCAAAGAUGCUUAUGCCUCUGAUUAUGCCGUCGAUUUUCAUGCUACAUCAUACGGUCCAGAUGCUCACGCAGUUUCAGACGGAGAUGAAGCAUUUGCAGACUGGGCAGUCGUCUUAUGGACUUAUUUAUGAGGUUGGUCGGACGCUUUGUGAGCCGCGGCCGCUUGGGAAGAUCGCCGUGCGGACGCUGGUGGUUGCAGCGCAGAAGGAUUCGCUCUUGCAGAAGGAUAGUCUUAAUUCCGCGAGGAAGUUGUUUGCGGCUGUGGAGGGGGGUAAAGAGGGUGGGAGUCGGGUGGUGCUUCAUCACGGGAUUCUACAUGCGUGGCAUAUGUUUGAGCCUGUAUUGUUUGGGGAAAUGGUUGUCAAGUGGGUUGGAGGGGAGAAGAUCAGCAGUGAUUUCGAGGAUAUUGAGUAA